GGGUUCCCAAGAACUGAUAUUGAUAUUCCAACUGUGCGAGCCGACAGGCGUAGGCUUUCUGAGCUACGUAAUGAUCACAAGAUUAUGACAGAAAAAAUAGACCAAAAUAUUCAAGUUCUUCAUUCAGCACGGCUUGCUUCUACACCUUCUGUCAAAGAUUCAGACGACACUGCCGAUGUAGGUGUUCAAGGAUCUGCUGUCAACAUUGGUUCCUCAUCAUCUCCGGGCAAUUACAUUGCGACAGCUGCUACAAGUGCUGCCAUGGAUGUGGAUGUAGUUUUCAGCAGACCAUUUGCGGUCAUUGAUGAAAUAACGGAGGCAUCUCCAGCUGCAGAGGACGGUUUACAACUUGGAGAUCAGGUUGUGAGAUUCGGGAAUGUCCAGUCUGGUGAGAAUCUGUUACAGCGACUUGCUGCUGAAGUACAGUCAAACCAGGGGUGUGCAGUAUCCAUGACGGUUAUGAGGCAAGGUGCUAUGACUAACGUACUAGUCACACCUAGAGUGUGGCAGGGUCGCAGCCUGCUUGGUUGCAACUUCCGGAUCUUAUGAUACAAAAGUUGAUGUGGAGGAGGAUUGAUCCGCGACUUCUUAAACCUUGUGUAUUUUCUGUUGGUCUUUUAUGAACGAAUGCAAAAUCUUUCGCGGAUAUUACAGUUGCUUUCAAACAGCUAUUUCACACACAAUUGCAUCAUAUGGAUGGAAAAAUGUUUGUUGAA